AUGGCGGAGACAGGCAGAGAUUCAGCACCACCGCCACGGAGAGUUCCACCAAUGAUAACACUCCCACCGCGUUCUUCUUCCGAUACCUUCCUCACCGGGAUUAGCCCCGGCCCCAUGACACUAGUCUCCAAUUUCUUCUCCGAUCACUACCCAGACACUGAUAUCCAUUCUCUCUCUCAGCUUCUCGCCGGAGUCCUACCUUCCCCAGUGGCUGAAAACUCACCUGCACCUCCACUUUACAAUGACUAUUCAUCUCUAUUAUCCCCGGAAGAAUCACGAACCAGUCAAACAUCAGACCCCUACGUCGACAACUCCUCCCAAAUCCGAUCACCGGAAACUGCUUCGGAUUCUGAAUCCGGUGACUCGAAACCCGAACGAGUGGUGGCUCUAGCUAAACCCGCUAGCGAUGGGUAUAACUGGAGGAAAUACGGGCAGAAACAAGUGAAGGCAAGCGAGCUUCCUCGUAGCUAUUACAGAUGCACGCAAGUUAACUGCCCGGUGACCAAAAAGAUCGGACAUUUUCUUGAUGGGAAUAUCAGCGAGAUCAUCUACAGUGGUCGGCAUAAUCAUGAGCCACCGCAGCUUCAUAAACCAGCGGUGGUUGCCGAUGAACAAGCUUACGAACUAAUGCCAAAAAGAAGGAAGACUGAGGUGAAGUGUGUGGACCGGAGUAGCUCGUGUCGGGUGGUUGUCACCGAACCAAAGAUUGUCGUGCAGACGAGAAGUGAAAUCGAUAUAUUAGAUGAUGGAUUCAAGUGGCGAAAAUAUGGGCAGAAAGUGGUGAAAGGGAAUAUUUACCCCAGGAGUUACUAUAAAUGCACCUACGUAGGAUGCAAAGUUCGAAAGCAUGUUGAGCGGGCUUUAUCAGACCUUAAAUCCGUUGUAACUACAUAUGAAGGGAGACAUAAACACGACAUUCCUGUGGUUGCUAAACCUUCAAGUGAUUGA